AUGGCCCCGGCUUCGCUCGGCAUGAACUCCGCGGGGCUCAAGACGUACAGCGAGGGGCGCGCGGGGGCCGGCCCGCUGCCCUUCAGCGUCCAGUCGCUGCUGGAGGCGGAGCGCGGGCUGGACUCGGAGCCCCCGGAGCUCCGGGAGGAGAGGCCACGGGGCGCCGCGGAGCCCUGGGCCUGGUUCUCGCCGGCUGCCCGCUCGUCCUCCCCACGCGCCCCCAGCCCUCCACCCUGCACCCUCCGAAAACACAAGACCAACCGCAAGCCGCGGACGCCCUUCACCACCGCUCAGCUGCUGGCGCUGGAGCGCAAGUUCCGCCAGAAGCAGUACCUGUCCAUCGCAGAGCGCGCCGAGUUCUCCAGCAGCCUGAGCCUCACCGAGACGCAGGUCAAGAUCUGGUUCCAGAACCGCCGCGCCAAGGCCAAGAGGCUGCAGGAGUCUGAGCUGGAGAAGCUCAAGCUGGCGGCCAAGCCGCUGCUGCCUUCGUUUGCCUUGCCCUUCGUCCUGGGCGCGCCCCUGCCCGGCUCCCCGGCCGGGUACGCUGGUGCAGCGGGCACCCUGCCUCAGGUACCAGGACUCCUCGCCGCGCCCGUCGCUGCCUACCACCUGUAUUACCUGUUCUAG